ACCUGGGGUCGCACUGGACGCUUGAAAGUCGUUUUUGUGGUCGUCCUGAAAAAAGCUUGGGAACCCCUGAUGUGAAAGUGCUGUCUUCUCACAUUGUUGUAGUUUCUGGGUAAAUAAAUGCUAAAAUGCUUGUUUUAUAUUAGUCAUAGAAGCACUACAUGCCGUUUAGUAUUUGAGAUGUCCCAGGUCACGAGACUUUACAAAUUUUAUUUUUAAAUAAUUUGGGUGGCUUGGAAAAAAGGUUGGUAACCACUAAUCCAAGGUGUUUAUUCGUUUUUGUUUGAAUUUUGUGACAUCCACGAUAUUUACUAACUAAUAUAACUUUGCUCAGCGAUGAGUUUUUUUUACUUCUGAAUGAGUAUCCGUUUUUUUGCUUGAGCAAGUUUCCAUAAUUAAUACUUUAUUUUUUUUUUCAAUGUUAUCAGUGAUCAUCUAUUUGAAUCUAUAACAAUACUAACUUGACUGAUUUUGGUCAAUUUGAAUAGGAUAGGAGUUCAUAUUUAUCCUGGGCACUGAGAAAAGCCUAUUAAACGACUUAAUCCUAUGGCGAAUCACGGCCUCCGUCCAGUUACCAGUUCCAUGUCGGGUACUGAGCGACCCCUUACUCCGGGCUGUAAAUAUUUUGACUCCUAACAGAUGAGAAAAUCCAAUUUUGAAUUUUUAUUCUUAAUUAGAAGAAAUAUCUAAAAAUAACUGAUAUAAUGUCUGACGAUAAUAAAGCAAAUUCUGAGCCAGCAGAGGGAUCCAAGAGUCCGAAAAUUUGUGGAGAAACCAAACCAAAGGUUGCAGAGGGAAAAGUUGAAGUCUCUACAAGCGAAAGUGGGGGUGCAAAUCAAGAUACAGCGGAUGAAAAUGACCCAUUUAAAGAUCAUAAAUUUGUAGUUCCAUUUACGCAAAUCAAAACUGUUUCGGACAUGGCAAUUUGGACAAAAUCAAGCGGUUAUGAAGACUAUUUAGGAUUUAUAAUGAUGCUAAACGCAGCUAUAAAAGGUAAAAAGCGUAGUGCUCCAUGCGAAGUGUCUGAAACGACAAAAAAAAUUGUUGCACUUCUGGAUUUAUUGGAUAAAUGGAUUGAUGAAACGCCGUCGAUAGACCAGCCGCAAAGAUUCGGGAACAAGGCAUUUCGUACUUGGUAUGAAAAGUUAAAAAAAGAAGGCGAAAAAUUGACCUAUGACCUUUUGCCUGAUAUUUUAAAAAGAGCUGCUUCUGAAAUUGUGGAGUAUUUAUACGGGGGUUUCGGGAAUUCCACAAGAAUUGAUUACGGAACAGGUCACGAAAUGUCAUUUACUUGUUUUCUUUGUUGUUUUUUUAAGCUUCAAAUCCUGGGUGAAAAAGAUAAACUUGCGGCCGUUUUUCAUGUCUUUAAUCGUUACUUACACGUCGCUCGGAAGUUGCAAAAGACUUACAGAAUGGAGCCAGCAGGGAGUCAAGGGGUAUGGGGCUUAGAUGAUUUCCAAUUUUUACCCUUCAUAUGGGGGUCGUCGCAGUUUUUUAGUCACCCCACGAUUCUACCGGUUCAUUUUGUCGAAUCGAAAAUUGUCGCUGAAAACCGAUCAGAAUACAUGUUCAUGGAAUGCAUUGAUUAUAUCAUGUCCGUAAAAACUGGACCUUUCGCUGAGCAUUCAAACACUCUCUGGGGGAUUAGUGGCGUCCCGCACUGGGGGAAAGUCAACUCCGGCCUAUUGAAGAUGUACAAGGCGGAAAUACUGCAAAAAUUCCCGAUUAUUCAGCAUUUCAAAUUCGGAUCCAUACUCACUUUAGAGCCGAGUCCUAGACAUCCUGGUAUAAAGUUAAAUUGAAGAAAUAAUAAGGAAUAAACCUUUUUAAAAGACAAGUCUUUACAAUAAAGCUUAAAAACUACCUCUGUUAUAGAAUAACAAAUCAGUUUUUAAAAAAUUACAGUGGAAAUUUGAGACAUUUUUUAAACAGCAUUUCCCGUUGAAGAAAUUAGUCAAUUGUUUCCUAUUAAUCAGUUAUUUCUGUUUGGGACAUAGCAUGUCGUAUAUUUUUGCUCACCUAAUCGUAGACAAAAACUACUAGGGCUGGGAAUUCAGGCAAAGUUAACCACAGUGUUGUAUUAAGUUAAACUUAGCAAUGAAGUGGAUUUUUUAAAACAUUGCACUUGAUUAGCUUGUGUGGAACCUUAUAUCCGUCCUUAUUUCUACCCUGCUGUCUCUAUGGUAAAUCAACAGCCCUCUAAGGAGAACCAUUUAAAUGGUGAUUUGGACCACAUACUGGUAUCCUUCCCUGUUCCUAACUUGCUGUCCCCGUCUCUAUGGCAGCCCAAUAGCCCUCUAUGGUCAUUGGGACAAUAUAUCUAUCCCUAUUCCUAACCUGCUGUCUAUAUAAUAUAUAGCAAUCAAUGGCUCUCUGUGACGGAGGCAAUUCAAACGUCGAUUGGGACGGUAUAUAUCUAUCCUUGUUCAAACAAUUGAGAUUAUGCAGUUUGAGUAUAGAAUUUCUAUGUCCAUAUAUGUAAGCAAUAUUCUUUUCUCACUUUGACUUUUACUUAAUACAAAAUGAUUUGGGUAUUCAACGUGAUUGGAAAAUUAUCGUUCCAUCUUUUUGGAUUAGUUUUUCAAAUUAAUAUUUUUCUGUAAUUUAUUCUUUAUUCCAGAUCUGUUGAGUCAUUUUGAAUGUUUCAUAUUUUUUUGAACUUUUCUUGACGUUUGAAAUCUUUUGUAUGUUUUUGCCAUCAACUGUUUGUCCUUAGUAUGCACGUUUGCUCAAAACAGAGUUUUGGGCCUUCAACUAAAUGUGGAAAGAGAGAGAGAGCGAAGUCAUAUUUUUUAUCAAACUAGAGAACAGAAAUAAAAAUAGCGAAUCGAAAGUUUUUAGUUGAUGACUGGUAGGUAACGAUACGACCAUUCGCGAUCAUCUGAGUCAGUUACCACCAAAUACAAACACUUAGGAGCAAUACACAGCGUUCCUAUUCAAACAUGCUAGUUAGCAGUGUGGAGCCCAGUGAUCCUCCCGCGCAUAAAUCAGCGGUACGAACAGUUUGUUUGUACCUUUAUCAAGUCUAAAUAUCGUUCUUGUGGCCUAUUAAUUUAUAUAUUAUGGUUACUUUCUUUUAAUUAAUGAAUAAAUGUUUUUAAUUGUUUUAUUAUUUCA